CAGAGCUGAUUUUACUAAAAUUGCGUCUAAAGAUAAAUUCGCUGAGGCAGUCAUAGAAAGCUGGGAAAAAUGUGGAAUAAAAUUAGCUUUUUGGGUUGUCGCAAUGGAGAAGCAUGCAAAUACUGCCAGCAGUUGUGAAAGUAUUGAAGCGAGUGAUUACCAUUUUCACAUGGCAAUUAAGUUGCAGAGACGGGGACGGUGGUUAAUG